CAAUGUUGCAGUGCAGUCGUUUCGUUGACCCGGAAGAAAAAAUGCAAUAACACAUAUAUGAAACAUUUCUUCUUGAGCUGAAUUCACUGAGAGGCUGUUUUGACUGAAAUGUUACAAUAAUGUAAGUGAAGCCUUAAUUGUCAACCAUGACAAGCCCAGUGCAGGACUGGAAGGAGAGCACUGCCACAUGCCUCCAGACAGGCAUAUUCAAGAGCUACACAGCUGGUCUCUACACUGAUGUUGAAAUACAGGUUGAAAAGAAAACAUUCAAAAGUCACAAGGUGAUCCUGUCAGCAUUUUCGGACUACUUCCAUGCUAUGUUCUCCAGUGGAAUGAAGGAAAGCCAGAACAAUGUGGUUUGCAUUAAAGAUAUCAGCUCUAUCAUAUUUGAAAAUGUGCUCUCUUUUGCCUACUCUGGUGAGGACUGUGUUACCAUCGAGAAUGCUGAGGACUUGUUGAGAGCUUCUGUCCUCCUGCAGAUUAGGUGCUUGCAGUCAAGGUGUGAGAGCUUCCUGUUGGAGCAGACAACAGCUGAGAACUGCAUCGGUAUUUGGAGACUUGCACAGAGUCUGAACUGUGAAAAGUUGAAAGAAACAAGCUGGGAAUUUAUUCUGAAAGAAUUUGAAGUUAUUUCACAACUUGAUGAAUUUCUGGGUCUUGAUAAAGAGGAACUGAUUUCCAUAAUCUGCAAUGACAACCUGACUGUUACAAAUGAGGAAAAUGUAUGUGAUGCUGUGUUCCGGUGGUUGGAGAGGGAUGAAAGUCGACUAUCUUACCUUGCUGAUGUCUUCGAGGAACUGCGGCUACAGCUAGUCAGUCUACAAUACCUCCUGGAGAAGGUGGACUUUAACCCCGCAGUGAGGAACAGUGAGACAUGCACAAAGCUGGUGAAACACGCUCUUGACUACCACCUCUACCCUGAGAGGCGGGAAAUGUACAACGUUCCUCUUAGGAAUGGAAACAAAGUUGAGGUUAUUGUAUUGAUUGGCAAGACACCCCAGGGAAGAGAGCAGAAGCUUAUAGAAGUUUACUGCUACAGUCCAUCAGACUGUCGCUGGUUCACUAUGCCUCCUCUGCCCAGCAAUAUAGGCAGGUAUUUCUCCUGCUGUGUGUAUGGGGACUAUAUCUAUGUGUCUGGGGGGACCGAGAGGCCCAUUGCUUGUCUGAAGCUUCACAUUGGACGUCGAGACUGGAUUCACUGCAGGUCAAUGAACUUUGGACGCCUCAGACAUGCUAUGGUAGCAGAGAGAAGCUCUGUGUAUGUUGUAGGUGGGUUUGACCCGAUCACUGAUGUAACCUACCACAGUAUUGAGAAGUAUGACAUUGCCCAGGAGACAUGGAAGGAGAUUGGAGAGUUGACCAGUGCUGUGGACGCCCUGUCAGCUGCCGCCUACAAGGGAAAGAUUUACGUGUUUGGUGGCUGGUUAAAGGACUGUGAUCAUGCUGCGUGUGUCCAGUGUUUUGACACUGCCACAAAUGAGUGUACAAUUAUUGACUGUUUACCGGACCCAGCCAAGUUUUCCAGGUGUGUGCAAAGCCUAGAUGGCUGUGUGUAUAUUAUGUACCCAACUGGAGAAGUAGUACGGUACAAGAUUGGGACUAUGGAAGCUGAAAAAUUUGCUAAAAUUUCAGGCUUCAAACGCUACAACUUUGGGCUAACCAUGUUCCAUGACAAACUGUUUGCAUUUGGAGGUGAGAGUGACGAUCCAACUGUGGAGGAAGGGACAGAACUCUGUAGGAAUCUAUUUGAGCUAGAUCUGACUAGCCGCACAUCUAAGAUGUAUUCCGACCUUAUGCCGAAUCCAUUUGAGUCUUAUGGCUCUGUCAGGGUUGUGAUGAACAGGGACUUUCUCAUUGCAUACAAGAAAGAACUCGGACCAAAACAAUGAAAUGGAAAAUAUACCUGUAAGCAAUAAAAGGACACAAAUCAUCAGGAUCAGAUGUUUUCAUUGUUUUUUCUUAAACAUGCUCAUCUGACCACAUGUUAGCGCUAUGUGUUGUGUAUCUUGUUAGUCUAUCACGGAAUGAAAUGCGUUGUUUAUCAAUGAAAGUACAGAAUUUGAUUCUGCAUUUUUGUUGAAUGUUCCUAAAUAAUGGGAAUCCAAGGAAGUAUCAGGUUCAGUUUCAUAAGAAAGUGAACUACAUUGUCAAGUAAAUGUUGAGAUACUGUGUAGUGAUUCAAGUUUUUUAGCAACUUAUUUUGUUACUUUAAUACGUCUUAAAAAGCUUUGAUACAUCACAAAUAGUGUGAACUUUUGUACUUUUAUGAUGCUAGAUAUUCAUUUCACUUUUUACAUUGUCUGUUCCUUAUUUGUUUUGUUACUCUAGCAUUUAAAGUCUAUCUGUUUUGUUUUCUCUCAGUAUUUUCAUACUCUUUUUGCGUGGAUCAUGUUGACUCUUUAUAUAUUUAUUAAAAUACAUAC